UGUGAUUUCAAUUACUCUUCUUUCAAACUGAUCGUAUAGCUUCUUUCCAAGGACAAAACAGCGAUUCAAUAGAUGCGAUUCCAAUUUCCUGUUACCUUGGUGGCGUAGGAAGUUGCCUGUGUGGUAUCUGACGCUGCCUUAUCGAGUAUGCUGGCAGCCGAUUGGCCGGAUGAACAUCGAGCCGCGAACGCCGGCUGCGAGUCGUAUUACGCAUGGGCGAUUUCCAAUAACGAGGCCAGGUUGCUUUGCGAAACUCAAACACCAAGCCCUUCGUUUGGUCAUUUUACGAAUCUCCGAGAGAGCCGUUUUGUUUUCCAACAGGGGGAAUUGUUCUACUGCAAGGGAAUUAAGAGGGAUCAGUCGCUGGGGUCCUUUCCAGACGUCGCUACUUCGAACACACCAAGACGGGCUGUUUACAUAUCGUUGUACUGCAUUCCAGCCAUGUCCAAUCCUAAUCAACUUUUCCUCCUGGCCGACCACAUCAAGCUCUCCCUCCUCGAGCGGCAACGGGCAAUUUCUCUAAACCUCGAGCCAAACUCGCAAGAUGGCCACAUCUCGCGCUCCCUCGAAUCCUUCCGCGCCGGCCUCGAAAACAUCGCCGUCGAGAGGGAAAGUCUAGAGGAUGCCGGGGACACUGCCGCCCUCACAACCCUCAAACAAUCCGAACAAUCCCUCCAAGCCCAAUACGACGACCUAACCUCUCAAUUCCACGGCUUUCCCUCCACCAACCCCUCCUCCCUCUCGCAACCCAACGACCCUUCCCUCGCCGCCGACUUCGCCCACGCCUCCUCCCACCCGCAGCGCAGCAGCUCCCUCCUCAAGAAAUCCCUCCGCGGCCACCCCGGCGCCGCCGCCUCCUCCCCAAAAUCCGUGCGAUUCUCCGACGCUCCCAGCGCCGCCGCCGCGGAAGACCCGGCACGGGCCCAACUCUUCCCCUACAGGGACGACCCGAUCGAUGCACCCACGGACCAGAGCCAGCUCGAUAACCAGCAGAUCCACGCGUAUCACAGCGAGGUGUUGGCGGCGCAGGAUGAGCAGCUCGAUCGGCUGGGGGAGAGUAUAGGACGGCAGCGGGAACUGUCGAUUCAGAUUGGGGAUGAGCUUGAUAGCCAAGUGGCGAUGCUGGAUGAGGUUGAUGGGCUUGUGGAUCGGCAUCAGACGAGGUUGGAUCAGGCGAGGAAGAGUCUGGGGAAUGUGGCGAGGAAGGCGAAGGGGAAUAUGCAGGUUACGACUAUUAUUGUGUUGAUUAUCAUUUUGGUGCUGCUGAUUAUUAUACUGAAGUAGGCGAGCAGAGGAAAAGGAGGGGAAGAGGGGGACAAAGGGGGUAAUGCGAGCGGCAUAUGGCGGCGCUGGGAGUUUUUUGUGUGUGCUUUUUUGCAAACUACUUGCGUGCAUACAUAGCAUCGAUGGAUCUGCUUUCAGGAGCGGAUAUUCUGCACAUUAUUCCGAGUACUUUGCGGACUACAGAGGAGUUUUGCAAUGGGAGAUAACAGACAGAGUCGGAGUCACAGAUAGCGUUCUGGGGGAUUAUGGAUCCCUAAUUACUUGUCACAUGGAGUUAAAUGCAUAUUAUUCCAUGUUAUCAACCUUCGUUGUUGU